AUGAAGCUCUUACAGUCGGUUUUGGCUGGAUCGGCGCUUGCCGUUCAGCCACAUGGUCAUGGAACGCCAAGAGAACCAGCCAAAUCUGGAGUUACAAACCAAAAAAAUCUUAACGACUAUUGGGUCAGCCCAAAAGAUGCUGAUCGACUGAGGGAAGCCGGUUUUGACAUGACGUAUGUGAAUGUCAUCGAUGAGACGUCUGGUGGGCGAAAACGACGAGGAAUUACUGAUGGCUACAGUAAGUGGCAGCCGCUGGAGACUGGAGGGCCAGUUAUGGUUCCAUACGGGAUUUUUAGCGAUCUAGCGGAUCAGGAAGACAUGAUCAAGGGAGCAAUGGCAGAAAUCGAAUCCGAUCUUGCCUGCUUUUCCAUGCCAUAUCUUGACGCUACCGAGCUUCUUUCAACCACCUAUCCUCAUGGAGUCAUCUACGUCCUCUCCAGCCAAGGUUGCUACUCCUCUCUUGGAGUCUGGGAAGGCUUCGUCGGGAACACUGGGGCGGUUUCUGUCACAGACUUUGGAGUUCCUGAAACUUGGCAGAUCAUCGCCCUCGAGCCUAGUUGCAAUGGGCACGCAACGGUCCAGCACGAGCUGAUGCAUGCGCUUGGCGUGAAUCAUGAACACAAUCGGCCGGAUCGAGAUGAGUUCCUUUCAUACAACCCUUCCGCGACCUUCAUGCCUCAAUCGUACGACGUCAUUCCGAUCGACGAUUGGUUCGAUCUCGACAGUCCUCUGGAAGUCGAAUCAGUCAUGACAUACUGUUCCUUCUGCAGUGCAAUCGGAAACAAUCCUGUUAUGACCAUCAAAUCAUCCGGAGCGACUUUCAGCGACGGAUACAGAGUAACAACGACAGAUGCCAAGCAACUGCAGUGGAUGUACUGUGAAAGUGACACGACGAACUUCCCGAAUUUUCAGUACAAAGAGACGGCAAAUUGUACCUCAGGGGAUCUUCUCGGUUUCACGCGGGAAAUUUUCACCGACAGAAUCUGCGACGGACUUGUUGACUGCGGAGCUGGAGAGGAUGAAGAUGGAAGCCUUGCUGAGUGUGAACCGAAAUUUCCAGAAACCGCCUUGGGCUGUUGCGGUGGUUUCAACAUGGGAUUUGCAGGAAAAUGCGUCUCCAGCGGCGAAACUUUCAAUGACAAGGACGUCUUUGAUUGUGAUGAUGGAAGUGCUGUUGUUUACGAGCCCUGGUUCGGAAGCUGGCUUCUGAUGCAGGCUGACAAGUGGCCAAUUGUUAACGGAGAAUAUGGCUGGUGGUCGGAAAUCGAAACUGAGGCAACUUGCCCACCACUAGGUGUUGCAUGGGAUGUGACGGUGAUCACCCCGAGCUGCAUUUGGGACGGCGUGAAGAGUGAUGGUUCAGGAACAACCACCACAACAGAAGCGCCAGCGACAACCACGACAGAUGCGCCCGCAACGACGACGACAGAUGCUUCGGCAACGACAACAACAACAACAACGACAACACCUGAGGAAACAACGACCACGACUGACGCUCCAUCAACUGGAUCACCAGGGGAAUGUACUCAGACCUUCGAUGACUCAGUCGUUUCUUGCGACGGUGGAUUUUUACAGAUUGAAAUCCCUCUCUGCUCUCUUGAAGAGAAAGGAUUUAUGCCAGCUGGAAUUUUCAUGGAAGCAGCUGGUGAGUGCAGAGGCCGAGUUGAAGGGGGCAAUUCGGUAUUUGAUACUCUUUCGCCAAAUUGUACUGUCGACCCGACAAUGAUCGGAGACUCGCUUGUUUACAAUUCGACAAUUUUCACGAAAGACAAUGGAGUCUCCAAUGGAAUCAUUUCCCGGCAAUUCGGAAUUGAGCUUGAAUUCUCCUGUGUUCUGGAAACCAAGCAGACUCUUUCCCUCGAUCAGGGAAUCAAAGUCAAUGUGAACCAUUUCAUCGUCGAUUUGGGCGAGAAACUUGGGUCGUUCAAUGUUCGAAUGGCCGUUUACGACUCACCUGAUUUUGCUGAGCCCGCAAGUGCCGAUCAUAUCUUCUCGGUUCCAGAUAAGGUCUUUAUCGAGGUGAAGAAUGAUGACUCUCAAUUGGCUGUUGCGCUUGAAAAUUGCAUUGCUUUUCCGGAAGAUUCUAACGGAACAGAAUAUGCUCUGAUUGAAAACGCCUGCCCUUCCGAUGACUCAACAUCGAUCAUUUCCAGUGGAUUGACUCCCGAAGCUCGGUUCGAGUUCGCAAGCUUCCAGUUCGUCGACUCUUCCGCCCCGAUUUCUAUCGAGUGCGACAUUUCAAUCUGCGAUCCUUCUGAAGGAAACUGCAAUGUCUGCAUGAUCUCUCGAAAACGACGAGCUUUGAGCCUUUUGGAGAGCAAAAAAUCUCGCGUCAAAGUCAUGAUCAAAACAGAUUACUGA